AUGGUUCACCUCGGACAAGUCACAAACGAUUCGGAGAUCCAAAAGGAUGCCUCCGAGGGCAUUGACCUGUCCAAGCUAGGUCCUGAGGGCAGCCAGCCUGACGACUUCGAGACCAGCAUCUAUGGCAGUCGUUUCGCAGCAGAGGACCUCCCCAGACAUGAGAUGCCUGACAAGGAGAUGCCCGCUGCCACUGCCUACAGAAUGAUUAAGGACGACCUCACCCUGGACGGCAACCCUACCCUCAACCUUGCUUCGUUCGUCACCACCUACAUGGAGCCCGAGGUCGAGAAGCUCAUGAUGGAUGCCUUUGCCAAGAACUUCAUCGACUACGAAGAAUACCGUAAGUCAACUAGUCAAGAUGUAUUUGGUUCGUUGUCUAACAACAUCAAAUGUANNGCCGUCACCGCAGACAUCCAGAACCGCUGUGUCAACAUGAUCGCCCGCCUCUUCAACAUCCCCACUCACGACGAUGACACCAAUGCCAUGGGAACCUCGACCGUCGGCUCAUCCGAAGCCAUCAUGCUCGCUACAUUGGCGAUGAAGAAGUCCUGGGUCAACAAGCGCAAGGCAGAGGGCAAGGACUACUCUCGUCCCAACAUCAUCAUGAACUCGGCUGUUCAAGUGUGCUGGGAGAAGGCUGCCCGUUACUUCGAUGUCGAGGAAAAGUACGUCUACUGCACAAAGGACCGCUAUGUUAUCGACCCUAAGGAGGCCGUCGACCUGAUCGACGAGAACACCAUCGGUAUCUGCUCCAUUCUCGGUACCACCUACACUGGCGAGUACGAGGACACCAAGGCCAUCAACGACCUCCUGGUCGAGCGCAACAUCGACAUUCCCAUCCACGGUAAGUUUCCUCAGGCUUCAAAGCAUUGGUUCAUGCUGAUUAUUACCANNGUCGAUGCCGCAUCUGGUGGUUUCGUUGCACCUUUCGUCAACCCCGACCUCGUCUGGGACUUCCGUCUCGAGAAGGUCGUCUCGAUCAACGUUUCUGGCCACAAGUACGGUCUCGUCUACCCUGGUGUUGGCUGGUGCAUCUGGCGUGAUCCCAAGUACUUGCCCACUGAGCUGAUCUUCAACAUCAACUACCUUGGUGCUGACCAGGCUUCCCUUACCCUCAACUUCUCUCGUGGUGCUUCCCAGGUUUUGGGCCAGUACUACCAGCUGAUCCGUCUGGGCAAGCACGGCUACCGUGCCAUCAUGUUCAACCUGACCAGAACUGCAGACUAUCUGGCUGCCUCUGUUCAGAAGAUGGGCUUCCUACUCAUGUCUCAGACUCGUGGAAACGGUCUUCCUCUAGUUGCCUUCCGUCUCAAUCCUGAUGACGGCCACAAGUUCUNNGACGAGUUCGCUAUUGCACACCAGCUCAGACAGCGCGGUUGGGUUGUCCCUGCUUACACCAUGGCUCCUCACUCUGAAGGUCUGAAGAUGAUGCGUGUUGUUGUCCGUGAGGAUUUCUCGCGCAGCAGAUGUGAUGCUUUGAUCGCCGACAUCAAGCUUGCUAUGGAGACUCUGGGCAAAAUGGAUGAGCAGAAGAUCAAGGAGCACAAGGACCAGAUCAAGAACCACGGCACCGCCACUGGCCGUCAUAAGAAGAUGAACCAGCACUUCACCGACGAGAAGCACUCGCUGCAAGGCAAGACUGGCAAGACUCACGCUGUCUGCUAG